AUGACCUGUUGCCAAGGCAGACACAGUCAAAGUCGGCCGGAGUUCCCUACGUCCCAAGCAACCACUGGCGCUGCGCGGUCAUCUGUGGGCGGCUCGGGUGAACGAGAUAUUUCGACGACUCUAGAUCAGGUCGAGAAACCCUGUGCUAAAUCAUCGGCGGCGGUUCACAGAGGCUGCUCGAAGCAAUCAGUGCACCCACCGUUGUGUGCCUUGCGUCAGUUUUCCCCUCAGAAUGCCUGUAAGGAAAAGGCGGACUCCACUGGCGUGACUUCAGUGGACUGGACAGCUUUCCUCGGGGGCUCCCCCGUUCGAUUACCUGAAUAUGAUUGUCCACGAAAGAGACCGGAAGUCGCACCGAUGACUUCAAUCCGCCGAACGACCUCGGAGAAUCUGACUGUCUCUCAAGAGAGGAUUGAUGACGGACCCUCCAACAAUGAACAGUGUAUUUGUCCGGUAAACGACAGAGAUCAGGGUAGACGGACGGCUUCGGAGGGUCUUUCAGCAGGUGCUCGCGGAGUUGCUCAAACAGCCUCACAGGCAGAGGUAGCAGAGCCUCCGCCUUCCGUAGUACGGCCAAAGCCGUCCUGUGUGACAGCUGCCUGUGGAAAUUCUCCUUCUGGGGGAUGCUCCCCUUCACGUGCAGAGAGUCACGUCGUGCCUCUCGACCUGGCUGUGUCGUCAACUUCGCAAAUACGUCGACCAGAUCAGGCCCGGCUUCUGCUCGGGAACAAGACUUCAAUCGCGAAAACAGUAGGAACACCUGGGGACGCACAGCAGGGGACGUCUAAGGUGACCGCAAAUGUCGGAGGCAAGACGAUUGUGGUUCGGGAAGCAGAGGACGUCAGAAACUGUCGGAUGAAAGAGAAAAGAAAACUCCAAGGUGGCACUUCGUCCAGCCCGAAGGAAGCAUGUUCCUCAAUGCCUGAUGCUGUCUAUGUGGUGUCUUCUCCCUCGUUGCCAGCGGAGUUCUUUUGGGCUUCUUCACUUGAGGACCCAGAGGUUCGCUUGCCGCCGCACACAUGGCCCUGCAGCUCCGCACAUCCCACCCGGUCUUCAGCACAUAUCGGCGACAGACAAAAUGCCUUCUCGUCGGCGCCAGAGCUCACUUAUGGGAAUAACGGCGGGCGGGACUCGCGCAGCAGGAGACAGGGUGUGCAUUCCUCAAGUCGAUGCUGGCUAGAUGGUGCCAACCGUGCCAAGCCAAAUCGAUCUGAAGCACCAGCACGAUUACGUACGGUAGCUGUUGAUCCGGACGAAGGCAAUACGCAAAAGGUGGGUUCCAUUCCGGUGGCGUUAGGCACACAAUUGAAGGACGGUCUCCUCGACUUGACAAGCAGAAAAGACCAAUGUGACUGUAUUGACGGCUGUGAGCGUGGAAUGCCGACAGAGGUAGAGGCAAGGAUACGCGAUAUAAGCGCCACCGCGUGUUGCCUUUUUGGCAAAGCCAUUCAGAAGGACGCAGAUGACGAGCAGACUAUUUCCUUUAAAUAUAUCGGUAACACCGAGGCAGACGCCAACUUUACACGUGCGGAAUGUGGUCGGGACAGCACUGACGCUGCAAGCAGGCACAUUCAAGAUAGUGGUGAAGCAGCAGAAAGUGUUUCACAUUGUAUACCAGAUCCGACACCAGCAAACUCUUCGACAGAGCCUCUAGGUGCUCUGAAGUUCUGCAGUUCAGCUCCACUUGUGAACGGACGCGGACCUCUAUGGGGAGGCGAAGAACCACUUGCUUACCAGUUCGGUACCUCUCGAGGGGCAGCAGAUCCAACUGUCCUGUGUCUCGGAUGCAGACGUAAGGGCCGUCAAGAUAAUUCUUCUCUCUAUUCUUUUGGUCCGUUCAACUACACACCACGCGCUGCUGUUGGUGCUCCAGUGCGUGACCGCCCUCGUCGGAAAAUCGGUCAUGACGUGGCGGAUGAUAUAACUGAAGGACGCCAACUGGAGGCACCAGAAGAUGAGGCAGCCCCUAGCUGGCCAGCCAUGGCAUUUCUUUUCCCACCGCCUUUACAACAAAGGCUGAAGUUCCUAGCGACAGGACACAGUCGUUUUAAGCGCACUAUGAUUGAUUUGGAACAAGGAAAGCUCCGACAACCUCGGGCUUCGAGGCUGGCAACCCGAGGGACUCUUCCAGCAGAUUGCUAUACCAACUGUAAUUGCAAGCUCGUGCAACUCGUUGGACGUCACGAAAGAUCACAGUUGCAUUCACCCUCUAGCAUUCCUCAACGCAGGUAUCCUGCAAACUACCCGGGCUCGCGCUGUCAUUCUGAGGUGUCUCAGGGCACGGCUAAGGGAGAAGAGGAGGGGAAAAGGGGGCCGAUGGUCUCGGCCGUGCACAAUCUUGAGUACAGUGGAGUAGCUACCGAGCCACGUGAAAUCUCACAAGCCCUGGGAGGAGAGAACAACAAAAGCGCAAAGGAGGCGAGGCAUCCCAAGUGGACCGCAGAAAAAGCAAGGAUAAUAGCGGCUCCCGAAAAUUCAUUGGUGCCCCAAUGCAUCAAAGGUUGUACACUUCAGCUCCAGUCGUCCAAAGUCGUCGCUAGUAUCCCUCACACCAGCCCCCAUCGCAACACAAGUUGGGAAGAACAUGAUGACACUCCAUUGACCCGCUGUGGCGCCGACGCGGGGGACUGUGGCCGAAUAGUCGUUUCCCGAACACUCAGCCGGACAGGGGAGAAAAGAAGUGGAGUGAGCAGGCCUGAAGGGUUUAGUAAAGUAGUUGCGCGGGAACAACUUACGCCGACGGAGAAUGUUUACACCGAACGCGAGACCGCAUCUACCACGGGAGCACAUAUCGGGGAACCCGGACGGGAACCACAGUUCCAUGACAUAUCUUUCGACAACUACGACCAGCAGAAACAGACACAGAACUCGGAAAAGAUCUGUCUUCAAGAUAUAUUGAAUCAAGACCAUAUGAUGCUGGCGUUUGAGGAUGAAACACUGGGCCAUGGCCAUAGAUAUGACAACGAAAGGAGAAACGCGGGAAAUGUGGCCUGCCGACAGCCAAGAGCCUGUACCCUGCAAAGAGAUACCACUUCAGACAGCAAGCAACCAAAACUGGAACUCAAGCAAUAUUGCCCCGCAGGGGCGAGCAACCUGCUUCCAGGACUUCUGCCGACGUCAUGCCUGCGCGACGAUUCUCAAACGAUUAAAGGGGAGGCGCAACGUGGUGUUCAGUCAUCCCUGGUCUUGACUCGUAAAUUCUUUCCCGCGAUCACUGUAAAGAAACGCUGCCUGGAUGAGGUACGCAGUCCACUCCUCAAGGAAAUGUCUCCUCCGUUGCAUGGGUGCUGGAGUGAAAGGAAUAGACGAGUGGCAAGCACCAGAGUCGCAAUGUGCCACGCCACUACACAGCGUACCUAUACGUUGUCACGACGAACAGAUUUGUCUGUGAGCGAACACCAGCAAGAGAUGGCCAACACCAGAAUGCGUAGAACAGAUGGUCUGGAAACCUUUUGCCGUGCUCGGGGAGAGAUUGAUUCCGAAUCGGAAGUGGGAGAGGAGACUAUCAGCGACAACGGAACUGCGGAAGGAGACGGCCGACGUGGGGCUGCUCCUGUUGUCGAGAUAUCGGUCAACCAGCAUGGAUUUGACCAGUUACCAUCCGUGUCCAUUCAAGCACACACAUCCCCAGGAGACGACACUCUCUCGCAGGUACCGCACAGCCUUCGCGUGCGCUCACGGGGGGCCUCCUUCUCUACUGCAGAAACUGAAGAAUCUGAAGGGAUGUUUGCAGGAUUGUUGCCUGCGGUUGACUUUGAGGGUACCCUUGGGAAUCCAGGAGGAAGAUCGGAGGCUUCUAAGGAGCUGACGAUUCAAGACAUCUCGAGGGAAGCCGAACGAACUGCAGAACACCAAGGGACACUGAACGGUGGAUGGGCUUCUCUCGUCUCUCAAGAAGGGAACGGCAGGGAAACGUGCGGAAGUGCGACGAGGCUUCCUCAUCCUGGCGAGCGAUGGACCGGCGGAAGCCUUCCGGCGGAAGCUCGUUUGAGUACGCAGGACUCCCUAGAGCCCACUACAGCUGUUCUAAGAAAAACCGAAACAGCAGAACUGGGACCAGACACCCUUCUGCCCUCAGAUGUGCGGGCUCCAUCCUGCACAUUGGAGCCGGUGGCCGGUGUUGGACAGAAGAGAAGCCGUGCAUCAGAGGACACGAAUACAGGGCGCCGCAAACCCCCUGAUUUCUCUGCUCCGCUUGCAGAGCCGAUAGGAAUGUGGCCUGACGACGAAGUUGAGGAAGAGGAAUCUGGCAAAUCUUUUCUGGAGUCGCUCGGUCGCCGACAGCGACGGCAUCUCGCUGUUAUUUCUCCUGUGCACUUCAAUGCAGACGACGUCACUGCCUGGUGGGGCAACAGCAGCGGCUCAGAUACAGAGCCGCAGAGCCACAUGGGUGAUGAACACACCACCGAUCGCGCGUCAAGGCGCCAACACCAGCGUCAGGGCCUCUACCGCGGUUGUCAGGAAGUGCCUUCGCCUGCUGAGGAAACCCGAUUAGGUUUGGCAAAAUCCUUUGGCAAACAGAACGAACUGUUGAAUCUGCAGCCCCGGGCAAUGCAAGGUUUACAACAGACCGGCGAUACACCCGCAAUAGACCCACCGCUGACUUCGGUCGCAAAAGAGGUAGGUGAUGAUCUGGAGCAACGUUCUGGUUGCAGAUUACUCCUCGAUGGUGCUCAAACAGAAGAGGUUGAAAAGCCCAGGGAGGAGUCCACACAAGAAGAAGAAUAUUUUGACAGCCAAAGUCACGUGAAAACAGAGGUGAGGGCGGACAUUAUUGCCCGGCACACGGUUGCAGAGUUGAGAAGCUUCGGGCUUUGCGCUACUUCCCCUGCUUUCGUGCCACAAGCAUUUCAGCAGCACUUACAUCCAAGAAGUGAGCAAAACUUGGUUCCCCACCGGCGCAGCGGUCAGCCGAACCCGUCGCCCGCUCAGCUUUCAAACUCUAAUCAAGCUCCUCAACAGCCCCCGAGGCCCGGCCUCUCUCCAGAGGCCGUGACCGGAAGCGGUCAACCGCGAGGAGCAAAUUCGGCGUUUUUUCAUUCUCGGUCCAGCUCCAUCUUGGCGAUGCCUGAGAAUACGAAUCGUUUCGACCGUAUGACGACUCAAGAUUUUUCUGCCUCUCGAGGUAGUGCAUCACCCGAUCCAUUCUCCGCCGGUCGACGUCCUUCUUUCCCUCCUGUUGAUCAGAUGGAAGAGGGCCCUCGCCGCAGCGGCGCAGCCCUUUCAUCAAAUACAGCGUUGAGCGGUCCAGCGACCCUGUUGACAGACACGCGCGGUGCGUAUCCCCUUUCUGUCGCUCACCCAGUCUUAAUCUCUGAUAGGUUCCCCCCACUGUUUUUGGACGGGCGAGACAGUGGGAGCACUUGUGAGCUACCACCCAGGUAUAUGCCGCGUCCUAGCGACUUGCACUGGCAUUCUGAAAAUGAGUCCCCUUCGUGUUCCGGAGGGCGUAGGUCACCUCGAAGGCAACCACAGCAAAAUUUCCGUACUUGCCUGUUAGCUAAGAAUGCCGGAACGUCCGCGAUGCCGGACCAGCCCGCUCUUCUUCCGGUCCCCUUUCCCUAUCGACUAGGCGGUUGUCCUUCACCUUUAUUCAAAGGCGAAUCCAUCCUAGCAGCUACUAAAAGUCCAGCUAUUGCACCUCAUCAUGGCAACGCAGGGCUUGCGGGACGUCAAACGACUGGAGGCUCGGGCGGAGAGGGGCUUGUCCGAGGACAAGAACGACACCAGGCCCAGCAGCUAUUGAAAAGGCCACACGGUGGGGUAGUCCCUUAUACCGGGGUAUGGAAGAGCAGACAUUGGGACAGUUUGGUAAGCGAAGCGCUGCCAACGCUGCCGCCAAUGCAGCAACCACGCGCUCCCCACAGCGAAAGUCUGGCUGCUGGUGAACGGACUAUGAGCCGGCGGCAGCAACUGCGCUACCUGCACCAUCGCCCCUCCUCUGCCCAAGAGUGUUGUUCUCAGCAGCUGCUCUACUCAGACGGCUGCGGACGAGCCGUGGAUUGCCCAGAGCAGCAGGCACCAACUGGUUCACUCGUUGGAAUAGCGACCCGUUCCGUUUGUGCACCUGGUGACAACAACUUAAAGUUUCCAGUGGUUGACCCAGUGCUGUCGGCAGAGAGCGUUAACGGAGGAACUCGGCAUUCGCUGAGGCAACGUUCAGUAUCACAUACCAGAUCGCCACUCUUGGCGAGGGUUCCUGUGUCUCCUGGUGAUUCAGCGCACGGGCAAUCUCAGGGUCGGACUCUGAGGCGCGUGACCGUGGAAUGCAGUGGCAACACGAUGAGGAUCCAAGGUCUCGGGCACAGUCAACAUGAUCCUUCUUCUCGAGUGCCAGCUCAUCGAAACAUGACCGAUGAGAGGCUUUAUCUACAAGUCGUCGAGGCCAGGAGCGCAGUUCAGCCUCUAAUAAGGGAGCAUGCGAACGAAGUCGUGCUCUGCGAGCCUAUGGCAGGCUUGGAAACGGUUGUCCAGCGAACCACAUUGGACCUUGCCUUAACGCCUCCGGUGACGGCGGAUGCGCGGGACAUGCAACGAGAAAUAUUUGAGUGUCGGCCAUGGCCAUCUAAUGACGGACAGUUUCUAAAACAUCCACUGCUUCGAAAUCGGUCCCCACGUUCGAGGCCUGUGUGUCCACAGCUUCCCCAGCAGUGCAGAAGAGGCGAGUCGGAUGGGGGAGACCAGCCUCCGCAGUGCCGUGGUCGCUUCCCUCAAAGCGGUGAGUCGGUUCCUGAGGCCCUCGUAGGGAACGAGCAAGUGGACGUUAGCCAUAUGGCCACCCUUCUGUUGGACACAAAUGCGGCGGUUCUAUCUCAACCCACUCAAGGCCAACCAACAACUUCCACGCCCCAACAGCGGUUGGUGUCUGACGUACCUGUGUCUGCGAUGCAGUCACUGCUGAUGUCAGUGGAGGAAGAAAAACCUCCCAUACUAACAAAGCCCGUGGAGUAUAUUCCUCUCGCUAAGGAUACCCGAGCGCCGGGAUAUGGGAUUAGGGGUCAGUCACUAUGUACGGGCAUCAGACGCGCUGCACCACCUUCUCGCUCUAUGCAACUCCGAGCAGAGCAGAGGCCGCAAGUAACCGGUUCUCCAGUGAGUAUGCCGCCAGCGAGGGACAAUCACCAACUGGGUCGACACCAGCGCAGUCCGAGUUUCCAUCUCCAGGCAACUCACUCUCCUGCUGCCGAAGCUUUCGACAGUCAGUAUGCAUCUUUUGCCUCACUGCCUUCGGCCAGCGUCGGGAGGAACCCCUCACUGUCACAAAAUAUAUUAGUGUCCGCAACACUGCAACAGCCCAUUCCAGUCCAGUUGUUGCGUCACCAACAAGGCACGCGGCAGUCUGUGAAAUCGGAGCAAGUAGAGUCAUUUGUGCGGCGGCCUUCGAACAUAACUGGACAUGCUGAGCAGGCGGAAGAUGCAGAGUCUGACUGUACAGUACCACCUGGGCCUUUCAGCUACUAUGCCUCAGGGCGUGACACCGUCUGUGAGGUUCCAUUCCAUCCACGGGCACGUAGUUAUGGUUCCAGCACGAAUGUUGAGCUCCCCGCUUUUGAGGAAUGGAACCAAAUAGCCACGGGGCAUUCCACUCCAGUGGCACCAGGAGGGUGGGUGGUGUCGCCACAGGGCUGCUCUGUCGACCAGGUGUCUGCGCGGUACCAGGAUGCUCGGGAUUCCGAAGUUAUAUUCGAUUUCUCGGCACUAUACCAAGGGAAGCCACCACAGGAAUCUAUACGCAGCAUGAGUCGCAGCGGAAGCUUGGAAGCUGCGGUUGAAACUCCUUUACUUCCACAGCAAAGAACACCACCAGUGUCCCAGCCGCUACAGGUUCAUGUCUGCUCUGUCCUAGAGCAGACGCAGCCGACAGGGCUAUCAAACGAUCGACAAAGAACGUAUGGGGGUUUACAGCCUAGUCAGACAACAGACCAGGAGUUGCUUGAAAAUUGCCCAUGGUCACAGGCUGGCGAACUCGCGCAGCAGUAUGUGCCAUACCAAGUGGGCCCGACUGUCCAGCGGCGUGGAAGGGCAACGGUGUCGCCACCCGGAACGUUGUCGCGGAACGACGAUGCACACCCUGCAAGUAAAGAUGUGAGACAGUACACGACCGGUUCAUGGCCCCGUGGAGGGCGUGAGGGGGGAGGAAAGGAACAAUUCAGAGACCUUAUCGAGUCGUUUUCGGGAGUCCCCCCAAGGGAACGGUGGCGGCAGCAACACCAGAUGCCGGUCUCUCACAAUCGGCAUACUUCACCGUCCUACCCUACAACGUACAGUGGUGUCCAUCCAGCUGUUGCCUAUACCACUCCCGAAGAUCUGCCGUCUCCCCCAGUGCAGGCGCCGUAUGAUACGUCGGCUCCGUCUGCUAUCUCAUCAGAUCGUGAGGUACAUCUUCAAGGACUGCGGCCACCGUAUCCUCAGUUCUGUCCUUCCGUUCUUCCUGUCUACGCCAUUUGCGAGUCCACAUCCAGCCGUCGGGGAUCGACUCGCCCAUCUUCGGAUGUGUCGUAUUACAUUGACGCUCCCCACCAAGCAUUUCUUCCUACCCAAUGUAUGCACUCCCCCAAUCAGCAGCAUCCGCUACGAGAGGAGAUUCCUGCAUUAUUUCCUCCUGGCAGCGAGUGUGUAUCUGCGCAAACUGGGGGGCAAGGGGCUGCAACGUUAGUUGGACCGCAGAUGGUCCAAGAAGACAAUCGGGUUCAGAAACAGUCGGAGCAGCCCAUGCAUCGGUCUGCAUUUGAUCUUCAGUUUCCCCACAGCAGGUAUUUUGCGAGCGGCUCGGUUGAUGCAGCAACCAGGUCCGCCGAGGUAGAGUUGGCACUGCAGCAGUUUUCGUAA